AUGGUCUUUCUUGUCACUUCUAGCGCUCGCAGAGACCGCCUGUCUUUUUCAUCUACAACACCACGCUUGAUUACACAUCCUUGCAAGAAAAACAUAGCGCUAUAUCUAGGAAAACAAGUUUUUUUCACAACAAAUAACUUUGAGACUAGUCUCCUUCCAUUUGCCAUUCCUACAUCAAUGCAGGUCAGAGUACCAGAAGUGACAUCAGCACAUUUCACCAGUUCACUAUUGCUGUUAGUAGUGGCUCAAAAAGUCUAUAUUUAUGAUUAUGAAAAUGACUCCUGGAAUGUGACUUUCGUAAGGUCUGGGGAGAGGCUGAAUGCUGUCUUUUCUCCCCAGGGCAUGUUCAAGUACUCAGACCACCCCCUCAACCGGAGUUUAGGGCUGUCAUUUGACUAUAACGGGACUCUCGACAUCCUCAUCGUCCCUGGCCAGAGAGGCAUUCUGCUUCUGUGGUUCGAGCACAGCCUGUUGUUUUCCCAUAAUGCAGGUCAGCUCGUUGACACUGUCCGGGUGAAAAAAGGAGACCAGACCUUGUUUUCUUCCAUGUUCGAAGCCAGUGUCACCAUCCACAACAUUGCUGUCAAUGAAAACGAACUGGCAGUUAUAACUCGGGAGGACAAUUUGUAUUAUGGGAAUCUGGAUGUCGUGCCAAGUUCCGUAAUCAAAUUUGCAGACCAACCCAUCUGGUCGGAGGCGGCGGCCCUCAUGUUCAGGAGCCCAGGGAUGGUGGAAAUACUGACCCCACUGCAGGACGCAGCCUUUCCAGCCUUUGAUUUCCAGAAGUGCCUUGUGAAUAUCCAGGCGCUUCUCAUGGAUCCUGAAUUCCACAUUGGGAGGUGCACUGUAUGUGAUCCUAGCUGUUUACAUCAAUGUUCAAUGCACUCUUGUUUAAAAAGACAAAUUCAAGUGAUGGUGAGCAACCCCUACUCCCUGGGGUUCCAGGCCACCUUCUAUGAGAGCGGUCACACGUUAGAUGGGAACACCAAGUACAAUCUGGAUAUUUGCCUAAAACAGCAGCAGCACUGGGGCAGGACCAACCCCAACUUCACUUCCAGCUUAAAGAGAGCCACCAUAUCUACUGUAACUGUGGACAUAGCAAACAAGGAAAUUUCAUGUGUGGAUGUCAAGCCCCUGUCAACCCUGAUUUCAAUCGGCUGUGACCUGGAUAAAAGGAUCAUCAUCCAGAACAAAAUUUCUGCCUGUUCCAAGGGCAUCCUGGACGCUUUGACCCUACAAGACAAUUACAGCUUCAUCAUCCAGAAGGAAUUCUACGACCCCAGCUUCCAGGGGCAGCCGUCCUCCCAGGACCUGCGUGUGCCCUACUCCUACAGUCAACUGGGCUGUCCGCUCCUCGUCUACUACGACACCCCAUGGAAGCCCGUGGUGGAGCUGUGGCGAAAAGACACUUUCCAGGAGAUUGUCGACGCUGAGUAUGUGUUACUGGAGGUGAAUGGGCAGUUCUCCUACAGGUAUUCCCUGACGGCCCAGUCGGCGCUGUGCACCUCCCAGCCACAGAACUGGACCACCAUGAUAAAGGAAUUCGGGAUGCCCUUCCUCUGGAACAGAGAGAACUACGUGAGCUGCCACGACUCCAACAGGAAUGCUACUUUGAGAUGGCCAGAUGUCCAGUAUCAGAUCUUGGGUGGUCGGACAACAAACCAGAUAAUUUUCAGCCACAACAACGGCAUCUAUAUCUUCUACAUUUCUAUUGUGGACCCGUACUACAGCUACUGUAAACUGGAGACCCUCUUCAGCAUCUACGUGUACGGGGCAUUCCCGAUACCACUGGGGUUUGCCGGGGUCAUCAUCCUGCUGCUCAUCUCCAGCAUGCUGGGGUCCGUGUGGGUGGCCUACAAGAUCCCCAAGCUGCUGCCCACAAGACGAGUCCACAGGAUCAGGAGGUUUGUGGUCCAGCUGUGCGGGAGAUGCAAGACGGCCUGCAGGUGUUUUCAGUUCCGUGCCUCAUCCACAUCCGGGAUGGGCACAGAGCCCCCAGGACACCACCCCACUCCUCAGGGAGGCAGGGCUGACCACUGAGGCUGGUCCACAGCGUCCUGACCCCUCGUCUUUAAAUAAAGUUUAGUGUAACCCCACAGGAA